GUCUAAUUUAUUUUUUUCUUUCUUUGUCUAAUUUGAUUAGAUCACUUCUUUAUUUGAAUGAGUAAAAACUAGAAAAAAAUGUGAGCCAUUUAAAUCUGAUUCAUAUCAAAAAAUUUUCGAUUUAAAAAAAAAACCCUCAAAAGGUGUUGAUACGGAAAAAGAAAAGGGAAAGAAGAAGAGAAUGGAUCUAGAAUCGGUGAAAAAGUAUCUGGAAGGAGAUGAAGACGAAAAGGCCAAGGAACCAAUGGUGGCGAAAUUACCACACAGAUUCCUCGAACGAUUCGUAACCAAUGGUCUUAAAGUGGAUCUCAUCGAACCUGGCCGUAUCGUCUGCUCCAUGAAAAUCCCUCCUCAUCUCCUGAACGCAGGGAAAUUCUUACACGGAGGAGCAACGGCGACGCUGGUGGAUUUGAUAGGAUCAGCAGUGAUCUACACAGCCGGAGCUUCACAUUCCGGAGUUUCAGUGGAGAUCAAUGUUUCAUACCUUGAUGCUGCUUUUCUCGAUGAAGAGAUAGAGAUAGAAUCAAAGGCAUUGCGUGUUGGUAAAGCUGUAGCAGUAGUGAGUGUGGAGCUGAGGAAGAAGACGACUGGUAAGAUUAUUGCUCAAGGUCGUCAUACCAAGUACUUUGCUCCUCGUUCCAACCUUUGAUCGUUCAACCAACCUUUCUUCUUUUUUACAUUCAAUAAACAACAUCAAGGUGUUUUUAGUCUUUGUCCCAUUUGCUUCUUAUUAUUAUUGAUACUAAUAAAACUACAUUACUAUAUGUUUUUCUAAUAAUACAAACAACCUUACUUUUUCUCUAUAUGUGUUUACCUCGAUGUUGAACUAAGCUUUUUUUUUAAUAUACAGAUAGAUCCUGUUUAAAAAAUUUGGCUUAUAUAUUUGUUACUGUGAAUAUGAUGAUCAUUUCAAGGUGAUGAUGCAUUUGUAAAGUAUUGAUGAGGUUUGUGGUGGUAACUUAUUAGAAUUGUUUAUGUUUCACUAUUUUUAGUUUCGCAUUAUGAUUACUUUAAGUUUUGAUACAAAGUUGGUACCAUCCAAUUAUUUCAAUCAAGUUGUUCAUUCCUGCCUU